GAUCCAGCAUCGGCAACAAAAAAGACCAUGAUGCGGAUGGGGUCGUCGAGGCUUUUCAUCGCUGUGGAAAGAUGCGACCGUCGACUUGUCGAGAACUGCCGAACAUUGCAUCCGACUAAUACGUUCUGGACCACCGUCAGGGUAACACACACAGGUCACACCUGUUGCGAUUGUCGCACCUGUGGGGAGUAUCCAGUGAUCGAGCUAGUGAUGUGACAAACGUGUGGCAUAACUCGAAACAAAUAGAACAAGUGCUGUGAUACUUGAAUAUGACUCGUUUGUUUUAGUCUUGUUGAUCAAGAGAGAGUGAGAGUGAAAAGAUAUCAGCGAGAGUGCUGUGACGGUAUCGAAAAGCGAAAGUGAUAGCAAAACUGUGGAUAAGAUUAUUUCUGUGAAGUGUUUGAACAUGGAGACUAAGGUGUUGAUAAUCAGCCUGCUGCUCUUAACGAUGGUGCGAGCCGCAUCCAAAUACUACGAUGGUCCGAUACGUCCGUACGAGUUUGGAUUUAACAUCGAAGGACAUCAGCACAGGAAGGAGUCUAAAGAUAAAAACGGCAUCAUUAUGGGCGAGUUCGGGUUCAUUACGGCCGAUAAUGUCUACCAUGUCACGGUGUAUGCGACCGACGAGGACGGUAACUUUAAGAUUGUCAGCAUGAAAAACUAUAAACUAGGCCCAACAACACCGCCCCCGGCACCUCCUCCACCAACACCACCACCACCCACGGUACCACCAACGACUACGCCCGCCCCAACGACCACCUCGACGACGCCACAACCAUUCCGCAUCAUCACCACCGCCAAAUCGAUCGUUCCGCUCACCACACCGAAGCCCUCCAACGUAGCGUCCUGCUCGGGAUGCAAAAUUCCCGAACCAUCAACGCCUCCGACCACGCAACCUCCGCUGCCCGAGACCAGCACCCUGUACGUGCCACCAUUUAAAAUCGUCAACAAGAAUGACCUUGAGUCGGUGGGCGGUAAGCCUACACCUGGGCCGGUGACAAGUACCGCGACCUCCACGACCACAGUGAGCGGUGGUACCGAGCCACCCCAAGAUGUGCCACAAAAGUUGGUGGAAAAGGCUUCGAAAGAUGCAAAGGACCGUCCGAAAGUGGAUGGUGAAUCGAAUCGGAACGUAAAUCCCAAUGCAAAUGCAGAAAAUCCAAAGCUGCACACGAAAAAUGUAAACAAAUCGAACGAACGGACAAGCGCGGAACGAAAAGCGCCUAAAGACGGCCCCAGUAAGGAGGAUAAAUCCAACCCGAAGAAAGAUAAAGACGAUCCAAUGAAGCUGAUCGAAAUACACACUGCCAACAUGAUCCAGCACAUCCUGAACGGGUUGCUCUAUCGGUUCAACUACACUGCCGGCUAUCACGGCCAUCACGAGCAGGGCGAUCGGCAAGGCAAUAAGGAGGGCGGUUACUACUCGAUCGGUCGGGACGGCAUUCGACGGGGAGUUAGCUACAAAGCGAAUGAGUUCGGUUUUCAGCCACACAUAAAGUUCGAAAAGGUUAGCCCGGAAGAAACGCCACGAGAGGAGACGGAAAAACAGGCCGGUCUGAAAGGAUUCGACUUCAAGUGGUUCUAUGGAUCGUAACGCCGUGAGCCAGUUACAUGUUUUAAGCUUAAAAAUACUCAACUGGUCAACAGUGAAAUGGUGAAAGAAAGAAAAACAACGCUCCACAAGACCAUGUUUCAUAACAGCAACAAACUGCCUUUUUAACAGUGCUUCGCAAGUGAUGAUUUCUUUAAAAGUAGCGUAAGACAAUGCUGUUGAAGAUGAAAGCAGAAAACUAGAAGAAGCAUAAAUAAGCAAACCGAACAAGGUGCAAGUAAAAGCAGCCUAUAUCCUGUGUUUAUAUCUUUAACGCAAUGAAACCUAAUAAAAGUGAUAGGAAGGAAAGCCUUCGAAAAACAAA